AUGAUUCUACUGAAGACAAAGAAAAAUCUGCAAAGAGGCAAAGUAUGCUAGAAGAGAUUGAACGUGAAUUUGAAGCUGCAACAAAAGAUCUUAAACAUCUACAUGAUUUCACGGAAGGCAAUGUUGAUGAUGAACAUUCUGCUAAGAGAAACAAAAUGUUGGAAUAUAUCGAACGCGAAUUUGAAGCUGCCACAAAAGGUCUUGAACAACUAAAGGCUAAUGAUUUCACUGAAGGCACUAAUGAUGAAGAACAAUCUGCAAAGAGACAGAGUAUGCUUGAAGAGAUCGAACGCGAGUUUGAAGUUCCAAGAUGA